AUGCGCCGAGCAACAGCAGCUUGUAUCCGGUGUCAUGACCGCAAGCAGCGAUGCUCCGGGGACCACCCAUGUGUACAAUGUGUCAAGAACGACGCUACAUGUGAGUAUCGAGUGAAAGCAAAGCCAAUAAAAAUAACCGACGUUGAGUAUGAACGUCUUGUGAGAGAGAGAGACCGCUACCACCAUGAGGUAAAACUUCUUCGACGGUUAUUGGGGAAGUACAACGUGGAUGAAAGCCCGGAGUCUGAAUGGACGCAUAAUUCAUCAAAAACUGAACCGCUUAAGUUAUUGGAGUGUGCUCUGGCUGAGGUCAUCUGCGAACAGUUGGAUGCAUGGGUUAACCUGGGUAAAGAUCUUUCUCCAUUGUCGUUUUCGUGGGCUUACGAGGAAAAGGUAUACGACUGGGUGUUUGAAACAAAACCCCUUUACAAUCCCAUUGACAGUCUCAGUAUGGAAAAGAUGUACCUUUCGUACAGAAACGUCACCACUUUCAUUCGUCUGGGUUAUCUUACUGUCGAGCCCAGUUUUCUCGAUCGCUGUCGUCAAUACUUUGAGGGUCAAACGAUGCCCGUUAAAUUUUCUUACAAGAUGCUCAUGAUGCAAGCGCUUGGUGAAGUAUACGAUCAGCUGAUGGAUGUUCUGCUGAUCACCACCCAGGUAACUCACCUUCCGGGAUUAACGUGUUUUCAAUUUGUUCUUGGCAACUUUCAAGGAUUGAACUCGAUGAUAAAGGCCGAUCACAACGACACGAUUGAUACAAUUGAGCUAUUCGGAAUCAUGGCAAUCUAUUUGAGAAUCCUCGACAAAAAAUGUGCUGCAUAUUUGUUCACAAACAAUGCUCUUCAAUUAGCAGUGUCUCUUGAGCUUCACACUUCCAAUAAUUUCGAACAUCAGGCAACGUGGUGGUCAACGUAUUGCCUUAAUCGUUUCUUGGCAAUCCGUAUUGGAAAACCUCUUCUUGUUUUCCCAAUUGAGUCAACGUGUAAGUUGCCACCUGAUCCGGGCCUCGCUGCUCAGGUGCAACUUGCCCAUAUCCUGGAGAGGAUAUGUCGGCAAUUAUUUGGUAAUGAUUCGAAUAUGUCUGACAUUCAUCCAAGAGCAAACAACAACUACAAGUUAGUUGCUCAAAUAAUGCAUUCUUUAAUUGAUUGGCACGACAGCUUACCACCUUAUUUGCAAUUAUCGGUGAGCAGCGAUCAAGAAGUCGUGGAACCUGCUGAUCGUGUAAUCUACAGCUUGCAUCUCAAUUAUCUUCAUCAUAUUUAUCUCGCGUUGAUUCCAAUUUUAAUGAAGUACGCUGAGGUUCAAUUGUUGACUUUUCAUAAGGAGAAGAAGGUGUUACAAGCGGCAAACUUGAUGUCUAAGAACAUACGCGAAUUGGUGGAAAAACUUAUAGACUCUUGCCAACUUACAUUGAAUAUCUUUAUUCAGGUCUAUCGUGCCAAAGUAUUUCGCCUUUUUGGUUUUACUGACUUGGAUCAUAUGCUAGCGACAAACGUCAGCUUUCUUAUCGCAAUGAUGCUCGAUAUACGGACCAGCAGAAUAAAUUCGAUAGAGGAUAACCUUAAGGUGGGACUCCAUUUUAUGAAUGAGCUUGCGUCCAAAGGAAACAAAGUUUGGGGACGCAAAUUGAGCCAUCUUCUCAAGGCCGUAAGAGAUUUCAAGCCCAUUUUGCAAAAGUUGAAUUACGGUGGGUUUGUUGCAUUUUGUGAAGAAACAAAUUGGCUGGUGACUCCAGGGCUGGCCAAUUACGAUCAUCACCAAGAUAUAGAUGACUUUGCCGUCCCAGACCUCGAGGACUUCUCAUGGACCAUGAUGGACUUACAGGCUCUUGAUGAGUUUUGGGACGACACCUCUUACGGAAGUGGGUCAACUCAAGAUACUCUGCCAAUAAAUUUUAGUUCGUGA